AUGUUUCUGUCUCUAUUAGAGACGGAAUCACUAAAUCCGUCUCUAAUUACUUUAGAGACGAUGUUUGAAAGACCUAUUGUUGUAAAGGUGUUGAAUCUUGAAACACGUGAAGCAACAAAGAGUUUCAUGGCGGAAUGCAAUGCUUUAAGAAAGAUGAGGCACCGUAAUCUUGUCAAAAUCCUAACGUGUUGUUCAAGUGUUGAUUAUAAUGGUGAAGAGUUCAAGGCUAUUGUUUUUGAGUUAAUGCCUAAUGGGAAUCUAGAAAAGUUUUUGCAUGAUAACGAAGGGUCUGAAAAUCAUAAUCUCAACCUCACACAAAGGUUAGACAUUGCUCUUGAUGUAGCUCAUGCACUUGAUUAUCUUCACAAUGAGACAGAGCAAGCUGUAGUUCACUGUGAUCUUAAGCCGAGCAACGUUCUUCUUGACGAUGACUUUGUAGCCCACUUGGGAGACUUUGGCUUGGCUAGGCUCAUUCUUGGAACCACAGAGCAUUCAAGUAAAGAUCAAGUUAUUUUUUCUACAAUUAAAGGAACUAUAGGAUAUAUUCCUCCUGGUAAAGCUCUUAUCUUAUAUCCAUUUUUAGUUAGCACCCUUAAGAAAAUUGAGUACGGAGAAGGUGUUCCAGUAUCACCACGGGGAGAUAUCUACAGCUUUGGGAUUCUUCUACUAGAGAUGUUCACUGCAAAGAGACCAACAAAUAACAACUUUUCUGAGAGUCUAAGUCUACAUGAAUUCUGCAAAAUGAAAAUUUCAGAAGGAAUCCUUGAGAUAGUAGAUUCACAUUUGCUUUUACCAUUUGCUGAAGAUGAGACAGGGAUUGUGGAAAACAAGAUUAGGAAUUGUUUGGUGAUGUUUGCUAGAAUCGGAGUUGCAUGCUCUGACGAGUUUCCUGCUCAUCGAAUGUUGAUAAAAGAUGUUAUCGUUAAGUUGCUUGAAAUAAAAAAGAAGUUGCCUUGCUAG